AUGAACCAGUGGCCGAACGACCCAUCUGCCAUUCCCAACGGUCAUGCUGGUUUUGGUCCUCUCCCCGACGCAUCCAUGUCCUUCCUUCAACCACCGCAGACGAUAAAUCCGGCGCAAUUUCAGACGACCCCCUACCUGAACGGCGAUGGUCGCAAUGCGUCCCCUGCUUUCCAUAAUUCUGUCUACCAAACCAACCCCGUUAUACCCUCGAAACGAGCAAGAGAAGAUAGCAUAGGCGCGUCACCCCGUCAGGCUCCUGGCGGACUCCCAGGGUCUAGAUCGCAGACACCCGGUCAAGGGCCCUACCCUGGAUUCAACCAACCUAAUGGCGGAGGAUCCAUGUCGAAUGCGCCCACACCAUUUCAGCAUUUACAGACAUCCAACAACGCUUCUCCGUCGCCAACAGUGCCGCAAAUGAAUUUCAAUCAGGGUGGUCCUCCGCAGCGGUCCACCGCAUCACCCAGUCCCUUUUCUCCGCAGCAAGGCGGUCCUCACCCUUCGCCGGGACCUUCAGACCACGCCAGUCGCGUCGGUACACCCCACGAUAAUGCGCAAGCCUUCAUGUCAAACCCGGCCUUCGGUGGCAACUUCAACCAGCCGCAAUUCAAUCCUGCCAUGGCCAAUGGCAUGAGUCCUAUGGGGAUGAACCAAAUGGGUAUGGCACAACAACAAAUGGGCAUCAAUGCGGCACAACGGAACUACCAGAUGCAGCUACAAGCGCAGGCUCGUCAGUUGGCACAGGCGCAACAACGGCAACAUGGUGGCAUGCCUGGAAUGCCACAUCAACAAAUGCCAAACUCCAUGAAUCAGAUGCCACCCGGUAUGCCCAAUCAGCAAAAGCCCAAGAACCCAGAAGACUUCAUCAGAAGUCUACAGGCAUUUAUGGCUCAGCGUGGAAGGACAGUUGAUCUCAAUCCAACUAUAUGCGGCCGCCCAAUACAGUUGCUACAGCUCUACGCUGCAGUGGUCAAAAAUGGUGGCUCCCAGAAGAUCACAAAACUUGGCCAGUGGAUGCACUUGGCAGCCCAGCUACAGUUUCCACAACCGCAGCAGGCGCAGGCGGCGCAAGAGAUGCAGAGCUACUGGAUGGGAAACAGCCUUCAUCAGUAUGAAGUCGCCUGGCAGAUGUCUCAACAGAAGCAACGCAUGGCACAGCAAGCCAUGCAUGGUCAAAUGCCGAACCAAAUGUCACCUACACGCGAGCAACACCAAGCCCAAGAUCAGUCUACGCCUGGUCACCAACGGAACCAAUCUGACAUGAUGAAACUGGGUGGUCAAUUGCAAAAUGGCUUCGUGCCGUCCGCACCUCAAGCUCAAGCACAGCAUCGUUCGAGCUUGUCCCGGCAAUUCGAUCCUUCCCAACCACCCGGUGCCUCCCCUCAGAAAGUCCAGCAAUCAGAGACUCCGAUUAAACCUGAGCCUGAAAGCAACAUGCCUGCUAAGAAGCCUAUAACGGAGCCAUUCAAGCCAGACUCGUUACCGCCCAGCAAGUACCAUGGUCCCAUCAACCUGGACGAGAUUUUCAACAUUGGGCAAGCAAUAGCAGAGCUGAAACCCACUGCGCCGGGCGUUCGCGAGCUUGGAGUGAUCGACAUUCACGCCUUGACUAUGGCUAUCAAAUCAGGCAUCCACGCCGAGACCCGUGUGGCUCUUGACACGCUCGUAACCUUAUCAACCGAAUCCCAGCUACAACUUUCGCUGGUCGAUUGUGAUGAUUUGAUGGAGACACUGGUCGAUUGUGCCCAGGACCAGGUGGAUUUCCUCGCCGAGCACACAGCCGAGGUCUCUGACGAAAUGUCGUUGACGGCUUACGAGGAUCUUGUACGGACGUGCAGAGUCGAGGCUGAAUCUCUGCAAGAUGUUCCAGAAUUUGGCAGUGUCCAAUACGACCUUGAUCGCGCGGCAGAUCGCCUUAUUUGCGUUACGACGCUCAUCCGAAACUUCUCUUUCUACGAAGCGAACUUCAUCGUUCUUGGUCAGCCGGAGAUUUUGAAGCUCAUUAGUACCGUUAUCCGAUAUCUGGGCACGAGAGAGAAUGUUCUUCGCAGCAGUCGCAACACCCUCGACUUCAUGAAAGAUGUGAUCAUUUACCUCAGCAAUUUGUCGACAUCCGUCAAUCUGCCUGGGAAGGAGGAAGCUCUUUGCCUGCUUCAUUUCCUACUAGCAUUCGCUCCAUCACCGUCACCAGUCUCGGGAACUGCGAGCAAAGUCUGCUUCAUGCCCUACAGCCCUAGCGUGCAUAAGUACAUGCCCUCAGCUGUUGACAGUUUGGCCAAGCUUCUUGCCCGGGACGAACCUAACCGGACAUAUUACAAGGCUAUCUUUGCCGCUGAUGCAGGCUCGUCCCCCCCAUACGAACUUCUCACUCGCACAUUUGGCCUGGCCAUUGCUGCCGUUCCUGCAAGCACAAGGGACACGAGAGCGUUGAUUGAAGCACGAAAGCCUUUCCUGCUACAGGGCAUGCUAGCAGCUGAGAUUCUUGCCGGAUUGGCCCCCAGCUCGGAGAACCCUCUCGCUCGAUCGUGGCUUGAGUCGGAAGAUGGGUUUGCCACCAGUCUACUCCGGCUUGUCACCUUUCUCAGUGCAGAUAAAUCAACACAACUUGCAAGCAGUCAUCCACCGCCACCACCACAGCACAAUCCUCGGCACCCGCGGUCACCGGAACCCGACGCCAAUGCAUACGGAGCGAUUACUGCUCGAGGAGUUGCUGUACUCAAGUCUCUCGUUCAGAAAGCCCGGACCUUCGAUGCAAAUGGAGGGAUCAUCUUGCCGCAUGGGAUCAUGCCUCGCAAGGAGAAGCUACUUGGUGCGAUGAUCGAAAAAGAUAUUGAUCCGGGGAUCCUUCGCAUGCUUUGCGUGUAUGCCGGUCUUGAAGACUGA